GCCCCGCGAACGACCUUUGUACUCCGUUACGCCUUUCGCUCUUUAACUGCGAACGUUGUAUCGUUAAUAGACGGGCCACUUUCAUCCCUCGUUAAGUAUUUAUUUUUUGUGGAUGCGACUAUCGCGCUUAAUCCAAGAUGUUCGUAAGCUACACUGACUGACAGCCAUCGCGAAGAGUCCAUUCACUUUUCCUGGGAUACACUGCAAUCCGGUGCACUCGACAUUUCUGCAGGCAACAAGAACUGAAAGUGGUGCAUCCCGUGACAUCUGCCGAUGAGAACGAUGGAGAAUCAAGAUGGUAAAGGAGAAUCUACUUCGAGAUAGAAUUCUUGGUGAGGUGAUUCAAGACACUCAAUACGAAUUAGUCAAUGUCAAACUGAAAUACGAAGCUACGCAAUCCGUAAACCUCAAAGAAAUGUCAUCUCAUGUCGGUUUUGCUGAGUGAUUUUGGGAGCGAUUAUUCAAACGAAAGGGUUCAAGUAUUCGCGAGAUGAAGCCAAUUUAUCUAUUCGUAAUUGGCUCGGCUUUAGGGCUUGUAGCGUACGGGUUUGGAAUAUCUCAGGGAAGCACAGUGAUGCGUGCCGGAAGUGGUAUAAAGAUUGGUACCAAUGAACGUGGUACGGGUUCGCGAGGUUCUCGGACUGGAACUGUUAGAGGAAAUUCAGGAGUGCGGAUUGGGGAGGGGAGAAUUCACAAUUCUACCAGGCAGAGAAUUAUUCCAUCAACCCCAGUUCCACCGCCACCUCAAUUAUUCACUCACGCUCCGGCAGCAGUCCACAGUGACAGUCAGAACAUCACCUACCUCAAGGUGGGUAUGAUGGUUCCCUAUAAGUCCUUUGGCGUGAGAGAAUACACGAAAGCAGUGACCACAGCAUUGAACAAUCUCCAAAAGAGUACAAGGGGCCCCAGAUUGGGAUUGUUUCAGCGUUAUGACAUCCAUGUGCGCAUCGAUAUGAUGGAGCUCACUCCAAGUCCGACGGGUGAAAUUAAGUUUUGGAUGAAGACAAGACAUAACUAUUAUAUUAAAAAAUAUUUAAGUAUAUUAUAUCCGAUUUUAAUCAUUAUAGAUGCGAAGCAAAAUUUUUGGCAGUAAUGAAAGUACGAGAUGCUAUCGCAUAUUUGAUGUGAUCCUGCCUUGUGGUAAAUUUUUCCUGUGAUCAUUUAAUUAAUUAACACACGU